UCAAGAUGGCGCUGUCCGCGAAGGAACUUGCGAGUCUUUUGAACUUGCUGGCAGAAGAGUUGGUCAGCAACAAUUCCUUUGAGAUUUUAGCAACCAACUUCCACCAUGCGUUCAAGACACAGGAUCAUUACAAAGUUGGAUCGGCUCUCGUUCUCUUGUUACAGAAUCCAGACUUGUUACCGUCCCCAGCCCAGCGCUUAGUAGCUCUGUUCUAUCUGUGGGAGAUGCAUCGCAGUGACCCCAUAGGAAACAAUCCUUUUGCACCCGUAUUCUCACAUCUACUGGCUAACCCCGAAGAUGACACGGCGAAUAAUCUGGUCCGAAUGCCACCGAUCGGUAAAGCAGAGCGGUACUUCUUGUCUCAGCUCGUAUCGUCGACAGGGAGUCCACAAAGAGAGGUAAUUAGACAGCUCUUUAAGAAGGUCCCUCGUCAGAUCGUCGUGAUGGACCCAGGACCAAAUCCGCCCCCGAUUGACCUCAGCGGUCUACAGGUAGCACUGGCCGAGAGACAAUCGGAGUUGCCCCUCCAGAGUCGAGCUGGUCUCUCUUGCAUCAUGAGUGACCCUGACCCAGAUGUAGGGUCUGCCUACGAUCCUGAGAUGGCCUCUAGUGUGAUGGAGAAUCUGAUGUGUGGAGUGAAGCCACCGAUGGAAGCAUGCUUCAGACCAGAGCUCAUCAGGUUACCGCCGCCGCUUCAUGUCUGUGAGGAUGAGCUUGUCUGGCUCAGCCCAAUCUCGGCGGACUACAACCUCGCAUGGGACGCAACGAUGUGUGUAAAUAACAGCGCAGGGAUUGAGGUCAAACGACUGAUGACCAAAGCUUUUAAGGAUACCCUAAUGCUACCCCAACAGCAACAGCUACUGAGUGAAUUGGAGAAAGACCCUAAACUAGUCUAUCAUAUCGGACUCACACCUCUUAAGCUCCCAGGCCUCGUUGAGCACAACCCGAUCGUCGCAAUUGAAGUCCUCCUGCGUCUGAUCCAAUCCAACCAGAUCACUGAGUACUUCUCGGUCUUAGUCAACAUGGAAAUGUCUCUCCAUUCAAUGGAAGUCGUCAACAGACUCACAACGGCUGUUGAACUACCCCAGGAGUUUGUGCAUCUCUACAUCUCAAAUUGCAUCACAACUUGCGAAACCAUUAAGGAUAAAUACAUGCAGAAUAGACUCGUUCGAUUGGUGUGUGUCUUCCUACAGUCACUCAUCAGAAAUAAGAUCAUAAAUGUAAAGGAUUUGUUUAUAGAGAUGCAAGCUUUCUGUAUUGAGUUCAGUCACAUCCGAGAAGCAGCUGGACUGUUCCGUCUCCUGAAGACGUUAGACAGUGAACAACAACAGACACAACCACAGCCGCAACAAAAUCAUAAGAAAUAGACAAGAUUGACUUUGACUUUCUUUUUAGCCAAUGGUUUGGUGUCAAGUCCGAGCAGUCUAGAGACUCAAGUUCUGUUUGAGUUUAAAUCCUGGCGUUGUCAGUUGCCGCACUUGUGUUAUUGAGCAAGGUAAUUGUACAUAACUGCUCCUCCCCACCCAGGAGUACAAAUAGGCAGUGGCGUGAGCAGCAACAUAUUUAAUUUUGACUUCUGCCAAUGGUAAGCCAAUGUUGUGGAUGAGCGGUCUAGGGACUCCUGUUCUGUAAUUAAAAGAAUGGAGGUUCGAAUCCACCCGGUCAGUCGCGACACAAGUAUCGACUUUGGUUUAUUAGUCUUAGCCAAUGGUUAGGUGUCGUGGCGAACCGAUCUAAGGUCUGAAGUUCUGUUUGGGUUUGAAUCCUGGCCUUGCCAGUUGUGACUGCGUGUCCUUGACCAAGGCACUGUAUGCUUGGUGCGUCUUUCCACCCAGGAGUACAUAUAGGUACCGACGAGAGCAGCAGCAGACCCAAAUAGUCGCAACAAAAUCAUAAAAAAUAGUCAGUACUGACUUUGAAUUACUUAGUCUUAGCCAAUGAUGGGAUGUCGUGGCCAAGUGGACUAGGGCGAUGGACUCAAGUUCUGUAAUUUAUAGGAUGGGGUUCAAAUCCUGGCAUUGUCAGUUGCAACACUUUUGUUCUUGAGCAAAGCACUGUAUGGUAAUUGCUUCUCUCCACCCAGGAAUACAAAUGGUUACCAGUCAGAGCGGGGGAGUAACCUGGGAUGGCCAGUCCAUCCUGUCAUGGGGGAGUAGAACUAUUCUCAGUCGUGACCCAGUGAUGAAAAUGUGUGAGAUAUAGGUUCGAUUCCUGGUGUGGUCAGACACAAGCACUUUUUCAUAAUUGCUUCUAUCAACCCAGGAGUAGAAAUGGCUACCGGCUCGAGCUGGGGAGUAACCAGCACUGGACGGCAUACUGUCCAGGGGGAAAAGAGAAAAGAAACAUUCAAAAUACCUCAGACAGUUUCGCUGUUCCUAUUGGUGGAGAGCGCGUCACGUGGGUGUAUAUAAACCUUUGUUUAUGACCAGUAAAAAGUGUUGAAACAUGGGCAUGACGCGCGAGCUUGCACCCACGCUUAUAAGACAGUUUCUUCAUUCCUAUUGGUCGAGAGCAACGGCCGAGACAGUUGUGCCACAUCACACAAUACGCGCACAGCAUUCCCUUAUAAGGAGCUGUUUACCCGAGGGCGACGGAGGGCCUUACUUUUUCAUAGUUGAAAGAAAUCAUUGAACAAUUAAAAUGUUUGCAUUUAUUUUAAUUUUUGACCAAAAGUGUUGAUAGAAUGGUUCCCAAAUCCGUGCUUAGUGUACAGACAUAUGGACACACGUGUGAGAACUACGAAGAAUAGAUCCCAGACGCAUGUCCGUAUAUCUGUACAUGAAGCGCGGAUUGGGUAUCUUUUCUUUCCAGGACAAACGUGUGCAGAUAGUUCUACACGUUUGUCCUGGGAAAAAAAAAUACGCGCACGGUCGGGGGACAAUCGGCAUAUUGGCAUUAGCGGUAAAAGAGCGGUAGUUGAGAAAAUUCACACUCAAAAUUCACUUGAUUUUUACUCAAAAUCUGUGAUACCUAUCUGAACGAUUCCAAGUGUAGUGCUAUCUGCAACUUCUGAAGCAUUAGAUCGGUAAGUUUCAUGAUGCAGAACUUUGCAGAUGGUUCUUCAAGGAAGCGAAAGGUUUUGAUAUCAGUGGUGCUGGGGCCAAGAAUACGGAGUGGAUUGGACUGAUUUAUGGGGCUAGGCAAACCCAUGCCCUAUGA